CUGGCACUGGAACAGAAAUUCUUAAUGACGGAUUGACUGCUCGUUAUGCUUUGACACUCCUUUGAUUUGCCUUUUAAUAAUUUUGUUUGCUUUGUUUUUUUUUAGUUUUUAAUUUGCGGUUAUCGUUUGCAGGUGGUUGUGCAGUAGGAAGUACCUUAGCCCUGUUUAGGACGCAGGAACAUAUGUGUUAGUAAGUGUGCGCGGUACGCUGUAUAUCUGAUGUGAUGGCAGCUACAGCUACCUGCGGACUAGACUCCUCGUCUAGCCUCCUAGAUGCAAAGCUCUUAGUUCCGCUUGCCGAAAACAUCGUUGCCACACCAGCAUCCUCGGUAAUAUCAACGAGCCCUUCGUUAGGCUCAUGCAACUCCUCAUCCUCUCACUCAAUGAUGGUGUCACCCACAGCCACUCCCACGUCUCCCUCACUUACAGACGCCGCUGCCUCUUCUCCCUCAUCUUCUACCUCCACUAAUCCUGGUCCGAUUUCAACGUCUCCAUCGGAACAAGAAAGGGUUCUUGAUCCGACCGUCUUGAUUCAACUUAAAGAACUCGACCUCGCCAUCCAAUUAAGAGAUCAGAACAGGGUUGACGGACGCAAGACUCGCUGGAUCGAGCACCGCAGACGUCAAGAAGAGCAAGGGUCUCCUGGAAGCAUAUCUGGAGCUUCCACGGGCUCUAAUUCAAGCCGCAAACGACGAUCGGGCGGUAGCGUAGCAAAGCAUAAGAAAGAAAAUAUCGACGUUUCGAGCGGCUCUGUUUCACCAAUCAAAUCUUCAAAUUCUUCUCCUAGCAAAACAGAUGAUCCGCUCUCGUUUCAUGAGUCAACUCCUCAUGACAAUAACAACAUCACUCCGCUCAAGUUUCCACCAGACUAUACAGAUUCAAGCACCAUGAAAAUCGAAGUUUCUGAACCCCUCGUGGGUUCUGUUGAGCCUUCAAAUGUUUUGCAGACGAUGAAACAGCAAUUCUUACAAGACACAACAAAAGAAACCGUUGUCGACUCUGCAAAGCUAAUCAACACCGACUCAAAUGUCGUCGAAAUUUCAGAAAUUGUACCUAAGAAGAAAAAAACCAAAUCUGCCACGGCUGUUUCAUUGCCUGUUGGAAGGAAGAAAAUUGGACGACCUGCUAAAAAACCUAAUCGUGUUGCGUUGCCGAACGGCAAAGAAGUGCCUGGCACAUCGAAAGUCCAAAAGAAGAAAGUCAUGAAAAGCACCACAGCAAAUGGCAACAAUGCGCCGAAGAAAGUUUUAGCUCCUUUCAGCAACUUCUUCAUGAAAGCAAAAACCCGAGGGCUUCGCGAUGUCCGUAAGCCAGACGGAGAAACUCCCGAUGGCCCUUCCCUUCUUGGUGACCGAAACACGGGGUCCGAGACCGAGUUAGGAAGUACAAAAGCUCCUAUUAUCGCUCCAAUAAUACCUUCCAAAUGUCUCUUGAUAGCUGCAACUGCUAAGGUGCUUUCCAACAAAGGUGCUGCGGCUUAUAAGAAAAAAUCAUCCCAAAGCAUCGUAAAAUUAAGUGCGGGGGUUAAAACAGCGAAAAAGUUUGAGGCUAACGGGAAGUUUUCCAACGGAGAACUCUCUUCCAAGACCAAAACAAUGGCCAAAGUCCUAAACAAGAAGUCUCUCAAUAAAAAUAACCCUAGCGACAUUCCUGACACAUCUAUUUCGAAAGACUCAGAGAAACAAGCAGCACCUUACGUCUCGGAGGGCGAUUCUUCGGAGUCAGCUAACGAUGCCUCCAGACGUGGAAGAUCUCGAGGUUCGAAACGUAAGCUUGAUUCAAAUUCAAUUUCACCGCCACCCAAGUGGAGCAGGAAAACUUCGACUGUUGUGGCUGAGGUUCACAACUCAAUGAACGGUGAGCCUCAACAGUCGCUGGCUGGAAUCCCUAAGCCACAAGUUGCCGGUCGGAAGCGUAAACCUUUGACACCUGUUAAAGGUGCCGAAACAUCUAUUAAUCAGUCGUCCAGCGGUCUGGCAUCAAAUGACACGCAGUCGUGUAAAACUGAUUCUGAUAACAAAACUGAUGCCUGUGUUCAGAGUUCAUCGAGCUCUAGUUGUGUAAGUGCAGCUAGUAUGACUCGACAUUCUGAGGAGGAACCAUCCAAAAUUUCUAAUGUGAAUCAGAUCGGCAGCAACGGUCAUGAAGUGCUUCAUGUUGGCCUUCAGUCGCUUACAUCUCCCAAUGGAGUAUCCACUGAAAAUCGCAAUUUUCCCGUUUCCCGCUCAACAUUGUUAGGUUCUUCACCGCGUCCGCCUUCAGCACUUCAAUCACAUUCCUUCACAAAUGGAGUCACUACUCAUGCGAUGAUGGAGCAAACGUGCAAUAGUUCGACUUUGCCUGAAGAUGGCUGCACUCAGCCUUCUUCCCCUCGAAAAAGAACUUUAUCUCCAGUGAAAUUGAUCCGCACAGGUGUGCUCAAAGCCAGCACUACCAACGACAAUACUUCUCCCACGACUUUAGUGUCACCAGUAUUGAAGACUUCUCCGUCUUCAAGUUGCAGUCCAUCUGCAGGAGCUUCACCUCCCUUAAUAAAUGGCGAACACAAUGGUCCGCCGUUAACUCAAUCGGUUAAUGAAAAGCUUGAUGUGUCGAGUAGUAUCAAGAAAUCACCUCAACCUUAUACUGAAACCAAAGUAAUGACAACUGAUAUCCCAGUUGAUAUAAGUGAUAAAGAAAUUCGUACAAAAUCUCCAACUGGAUCCGACUGUGAUAAUAACAACAGAAAUGAGCCCGAAGUUGUUGAAUCUUCCGGUAAAAUCAAGGAGAAAUCUAUAAUGACUGACACUGCAAAUUCUGUGGUUAAAGAAAGUGGCAAGAAUUCUGACUCGAUUGAUGUGAAGAAGCCUCGUCGCCCGCCUCGCUUCUUGAAAGCACUGUUUGACGACGAGGGUGUACAGAAUAUGCUCAAUAGCAUCAAAACAAAAGAAGUAGGAUUAGAUGGCUCUUUCUCUUCCUCUACUGAAAUCGCCACCACUCAUAAAUUGAGACCCAAACGCCCCCCUGAACAUUCCAUGGCAAUUUCACCCGAGCCUGACCUAGAGGUCUUCUUUUCAACCGGCACCGGUAAAAGGAAGAGAAAAUGUAACGAGGUAGAUAGUUUGUACUCGGACGAGGGUGCCGUCAACAUGAUGACAAGUUGCUCGGGCAGCUCGAGACGAAGCACUCCGGUUCAAGACGAACCAUUUCUUGGUAGUGCAGCUGCUGAGGAUAUUAGCGUAACUCAUGGCAAGGAUUGGAGUACCCGCGUGUCUCUCAAUGGUAAUGAGCAAUACGUGGACACUGCUGGUUCCGUGAUAGCCAAGCGCAAGCCCGGUCGUCCACAGAAGCAGAAAUCCAUUUUGUCCAAGUCGUGUUCUCCGUCUUCUGCCCCUGAUAUCGUUAUUGAGUCUGAAAUAUCUAUCCGAAAGAAACCAGAUUCUUCAUCUUGGAAGCCAGAUGAUGCCAACGGUUUGCAACUAUCCAACGUUACCAAGAACAAAGUUUCUAAUGGUCAUGAAGUUCGAAUUGACUACGGUAACGUCGGUGGUAGCACGAAUUUGGGGUUGAAGGCUAACGUUCAAUCUUUAUAUGCUAGCAGCGUCGUAUCCAGCAAUGCUGCGAUUUCUGUUCCUUCGUCUUCGGCCAACGCCCAUCGCCAGGGCAAUCAGUCUCCUGUUAAAAUCAGGAGGAUUGAUCUUCCCACCAGCCCAACUAUGGCCAGCUUAGACUCGCUGGUGCGGAGUAUGGACGAAACCAGUGGCGUGGUGCCGACCUCAAGUGUCGCCUUCGUGCCCAACAUCGUCCCUGAAGACAUGGUGCCCCCGGUGCGGGGCAUGCGAGGCCUCAUGACGGUAGACGGGGGCAUCUCUGGAGGCCUGAGGCAGAGCCAGCGCUGUUCGGUGAGGCAGACGGGCGAUGCUGCCUCAUUCAGCUACCGAGACCUGGUGCUGCGUAAGAUGAACAACUUCGUACACAUCAUCAUGGCUCCUCAGACCACAAAAAUUAAAAAUUCUCUCAAUUCCAGGAUCCUGCGCGAGCUGUGUGAUGCGCUGAACUCGUUGCGCGGUGACCCGAGCGUGCGGUUGGUGCUGCUCACCUCGAAUGGCUCGAGUUUUUGUCAGGGCGUCGACCUUACUUCGCUGCAUCACGCCCACCCUGAGACUCGCAACAACCACGCGCAGAACCUCGCCAGGGCCAUCAAGGAGUUCCUACGCAUGCUGGUGCAGUUCCCUAAGCCGAUCAUCGCUGGUGUUAACGGCAACGCAGUGGGGCUGGGGGUAACCAUGCUACCGCUCUUCGAUCUGGUCUAUGCCAGCGACAGCGCCGAGUUUUACUUGCCUUAUUCCAAGCUGGGGCAGGUGCCUGAAGGAGGCGCUACUUACACCUUCCCUGCUCUUAUUGGCAAACUACAAGCAACCCGUUUGUUCAUGGGCUACAAGUUCAGUGCGCGUGAGGGCGUAAACUUCGGCCUUGUGUCUGAGGUGCUGUGGCCCGCAAACUUCCAAGAAAUGCUGCUGCCCAAAGUCGCUUUGCUGGCCACCCAGUCUUCACAGAGCAUGGAGACUACGAAGGCGCUGAUGAACCAUCAGCUGCAGACGCGGCUGGAACUAAGCCUGGAGAACGAGUGCAACAUGUUGCAGAAGCAGUGGAUUUCUCCGAACUUCGAAACUCUGAGCCGACGCUUCCUCGAGUCCCACGCUCCUCUCAUGCAAAAGCCUGUCGUCGUGCCUCUAUGAGUUGUAUGGCUUAAAUGCUGCUUCUGUAGGCUGAUUAAUUUUCACAUUCUACCAAUUAAUAAUUUUGUAUUUAUAGCAUCAGAUUGUAUCGUUGUGAGUCAUGUUCGUUUCGCAUGCCUCUUUAUUCCUUGCCGCAUAUUCAAAUGCGUCAUGAGUUAUUUAUACUUUCCGAUUAUCAAAUGAAUAUUAGAGUUUCAUCACUGUAUUUGUCAUUGUUAAGUGACCGCGGUUUUAUCUUGAAAUGAAUGAGAGAACAAUGUCCUCACUUUAUUUUGAGUUAUGAUGCAAAGAGGUUCACGUUAUCAUAGAUGAUGCCUUACAUUAUAUUGCAGUCAUGCUGCGCCAAUAUUUCAAUAGUAUACUUGCCCAUCGUUAGCAUUUUUUUUUCUCGACUUCAAUUAUUUAGCUUACUUUCGCAAGCUAAACUAAAUUCGAUAAUGUGAGCCAUGUUCUCCCCUGCCGAUAUCAAGUUUUUUCGAAUGAUAGAAACUUAAGCUUAUCGUAUUUCUGUUCCUGUUUUAUUCACUCAUCCUCUCCCUGACCUCGCCCAGCUACAAUGCUCUGUGUUGUGGAGCUUUGAUGUUGGUGUUUGAAAAGAAGCCAAAUUUUCGGUAUAUUUCCAGAGACACUAAUCGUGAAUUUGAUCACAUUUAAACUGCAUACUCCUUUCUUCAUAGUUUGGGUAGCAAUGAACUAACUAUGUAUGAUGUUGAUGCUCUUUGAUGAUCAUCCAUCAUGACAUUUUGAAACAAGUUGAUCAUUUUUUUUUUUUCGGGACUGUCUAGUUGUUGAUCUCAUGAAUUUGUGAGAAUACGUUGCACUCAGCCUUCUCGGCAAUAAUAUUGGUUUUAUUUAAGUGCUAUAACCAAGAAUAAAAUUGCAUUUGAUUGAAUCAGUGUUAUACAAAUAAGAAAGUAUUACACAUUCUGAUGCUUCUAUCCUGUUGACCGAUAUAUUGAAAUUGACUUGAAUUAUUAAUGCCUAUCGCUCGGUCCAAUCUUUUAGACUAUUUAUUUGCCAUGUUCACCGACUUUGAUUGCCUCUUUUCUUGAUUUUGUAUGUAGAUUAAUUCUCUUUAUGAUUUCUGUGGUUAUAAGACCUACAACAAAUAAGCUGAACCAACGCUAAUCUUUAUUUUAUUUAAACCAAGGGGUUUGCUAAUGUUCAUGCUUAAAGUUUACUAGCUCUGACAGGUGCAAUUUCAUUGUGA